AUGGAAAGGGAUGCUCAGCUGACCCGCCUGCGUGCUUGCACGUCGGAGCUGAAAGCCGCAGAUCAGAUUACUGCGGAGAAGAAUACUUGCGACGCGCUCGGCCUCCUUCACCCGGAUGGCCCUCGCUUCAAGGCCUGGAAUGUGCUCAUUCACACGCUCGUCAUGUGGUCGUCGUUCUGGGUGACUUUGGAGUUCGCGUUCAUUCCGAACCCCUCCCCGGCGAUUCUCUAUUUCGACAGCGCUGUGUGUCUCGUCUUUAUCGCCAAUAUCGGCGUCACCUUCAAAGCGGCCUUCCGCUCCAGCAAAACCCUUCGUCUCGUGACAUCGAAGAAAGAGAUCGUUAUGCGAUACGCAAAAGGGGGUCUGCUUUUCGACGUAUUGUCGUCCAUUCCGCUCAACAUGUUUUAUUUCUGGGCUACCGGCCAGCCCGCUUCCGGAGCCCUUGGUUACGUCUUUCGGGGUCUUCCUUGCCUGCGGCUCUAUCGUAUCAUCCAUUUCUACCGUGCUCUCUCCGCGCUUGGGACGACCAGCCCCUCGGUGUAUUUUUCUAUUCGCAUUUUCAAACUUGUGCUGAACAUCCUACUGGCGUCGCACUUCUUUGCCGUGGCCUACUUCUUCCUUACCCUCAUGGAGCCCGACCCUGCAAACACCUGGAUCGGCCAAGGCAUCGGCCCCGACUGGCCCGACCAGUCCGUGUUCCUGCAAUACGUGGCGGCGCUGUGGUGGUCCAUCUUUGUCAUCACCAGCAUCGGCCCCGCCUACACCUCCGUCACCACAGCUGAGCAGAUCUUCAGCUGCUUCUACGCGCUCUUCGGCAUGGCAACUCUGGCGUACACCCUUGGAACACUGACGCUGCUCAUGGUCAAGCAAUCCAGCAAGACCAUGCAAUUCCACGAGGACAUGGCGGCUCUCAAGGCCUAUGUCGCGCGCACCAACCUACCUGCGGAUGUGGAGCGGCAGCUGAAGCAGCAGCUGCGCGUGCAGCUGCACAUGCACAAGUCCGACGCCUCCUCCUUUCUCUCCAGCAUCCCCCAGCACCUGCGAGUCACCGUCUCCCGCCAGCUCUACCUCCCCAUCGUCGAAAACCUUGAAGGCUUCCGCCUCUGCUCCAAGCCCUUUCUCAACCAGCUGGUGUCUGAGAUGAACGUGGAAACGGUCAUGCGCAAUGACAUUGUGACAUGGGAGGGCGACGUGUCAACCCAUCUCUACAUUGUGCUCUCUGGCAAACUCGUUCGUGAGGAUGGACCUGCAUCAGCCCUCCAGAGCGGGUGCUCUUCCUUCCUGACGGCAGGGUCGGUGUUUGGCAAGACAGCCGUGAUGUGCGACGUGCCGCAGCUCUUCACAGUGCGAGCGUUGGAGCACAGCCAGCUGCUGCGCCUCUCCAAGUCCGCCUUCACCACCAUCGCCCAGGCCUACCCUGCUGACUCCACUGUCCUCUACUCCGCCCUCAAGCAGAAUAUUGAUGGCUCAGGUGCUCUUACCCGCACGCCCUCAGAGCUCGCAGUCUCACAGGGCCUGGCCCGCUCACAGCCCUCAUGGAAGGCCCUUGGCGCCACCCCAGAGGAGCCUGCUAUGGGGUCGGCUGGCCAGGUGGUGCUGGAGUCUGUAGCUGUGGACAACGGGGAGGCCGAUCAGGUUGCAAGGGUAUGUUCCGCUGCUGCCUCUGGCCGUGUGGACCAGUUGAACGACUUGCUCUCAGCUUCACCUUGCCUUGCCCACUGCCGUGACUACAAUGGCCGCACCCCCCUGCAUGUGGCAGCCGCCCACGGGCACGUCAGCUGCAUCAAUGCCAUUCUGCAGCGCAACAGUGUCGAUGUGAACGCCCUCGAUCGUAGUGGUGCCACUCCUCUGCUGGAGGCAGUGAAGAACGGCCACACCAAGGCAGCAGAGGCACUGCAGGCAGCAGGCGCAGCACUCCUCCUCAAGGACCCGGGGGCGACGCUCUGCCGCCUCGCUGCAUCCGCAGCCACAGAAGCCACCACCACCACCAAUGCGAGUGCCAUUGCUGGUGGCGGCUCCCCGCAGAAAGCUGGCAGCGCCUUGGGUGCCGCGAGCAAGAGGGGCGGCAGCAGUGUGGAGUAUCUGAAGAGGCUGCUGGCGGCAGGAGCAGACGUGAAUGCGCAGGACCAUGCUGGCUGCACUGCCCUGCAUGUUGCCUGCGCCAACCGCAGCAUUGCUGUUGCCAAGCUCCUCAAGGCUCAUGGUGCCGACCCCCAUCUCGAGGAUAUGAGUGGCAACACUGCCUAUGACUUGGCCAAGGCAGGCGGGUCUGGGGACCUGCUGAAUGAGCUGGACAGCCAGCCACCCACCCCAACGCAGGGUGCCUUUGCUGGCACCUGUGUGAGCGUGUGCAGGCCCAGCCUUUUCGAAGGCCUGCACUAG